AUGGCACCAAUUGCCAUUUUCUCGACAGGUACACCAAUUGUUGACUGUGAACGUGAGUAUAUUCGUUUUUCGGUGCAAACCGCAAAGCCAUUUCGAGGCAAAGUGUUCGUAAAAGGUGACUACAAAAAGGAUUCGUGCUCACGUAAUUAUGCACGCGAAACUGCUCGAGAAACAUCCGAUUCGGGGUACCGACGUGCUAGUGAACCAUCAUCAUCGACUGGCGAUAGCGAUAGAUCGUUGAAAUGGCCAGAUGAGGUCAGAGGUCACGACAUUUUUGAUGGGACAAAGCCGGCACGUCUAGAAUCUUGUCCGCCUUGUCCCGUUUGUAGCAACGGCAACAGCAACGAUGAGUUGACAAUUGGUGGAAUUUCAAGGCGAUCAAGAAAAAUAGGCGAUCUCGGUGAGCACGAUGAUCACAGGUCCGAAUCGACCGUCCAAACAACCCGUCCAAGUAUUGAUAUUAAGCUGGACAGUUGUAACAUCAAACGAGAUCGUACCAAUUCUCCGCCCGGAAUCAGUGUGUCGCUAACUGUGGUCGUGAGUUUUCACGAGAAUUUUGUGACAAAGGUGGAUCGUGCCUAUCGUCUUCAGUGUGCCUACGCUGAAUUCGAUAGAACUCUUGACACGAAAGUUGAUGUCAGUAUGCCACAACCUACUGAUCUGCUGUCUACGGCCGACAGCCCGCUUUGUGAGUAUCACAUUAAAGGUGCGACCGGUGAAACGAUUCAAAAUGUUCGAAUUGGAGAUACGAUCGAACAUCAAUGGACGUGUGGAAGUGCUUCUGCUUCGAAUGCUAUGUACUCAAUGCUGGUGAGCAAUUGCUAUGCGGAAGGAGGCGGUGGUGAGCAUCGUCGUGAGCUGGUUAUUGAUACGAAAGGGUGUUCGUUAGAUGAGUUCGUACUUCCAACGCCAGUUUAUGACCUCAAUGAUGGUCGCUUGACAGCGAAGUCGAAAUCGCUGGUUUUCAAGUUUCCCGAUUUUGCAGAUAUCGCUUUUCAGUGCGAUAUCCUCGUGUGUCUUCGUGGUGAAUCUGACUGCGACCGGAUCACGCCGCCAAAAUGUGGCACCAAUCGAGAUCGCCGCGCUGCUGAAUCUGUAUCGAAUAAAUCUCUGAGCCUCGAUUCUUGGAGAGAGCAGCAUCAGCCGACUUGGAGAUUGCAUACAGAAUCGUUGAAUGUUCUCGAUAUCGAUGAGAUAAUCGAUGACGAAGGUANCAAUAAUAAUAAAUUACAAUAA